CGAAGGCUUAUUUAGACCAAACCUACAAACGAGAGGCUAGAACUUUUUUUUUUUAUCCGAGUCCAGGCGCUUGUAGCAUUUGAGAGCGAUGCAGCAGCAGUCGAAGGUGACGGCGUCCAGCCAUAGCCAGGGCACUGCAGUCUUCGUGAAGGAGCUGAAGAAGCACCCGGAGGAGCGUGGCUUCAGGUCGCAAAGUUGCGAGGUGAAGCUUUCGAUGGCGCUGGCGAAGCAGAUCUACCAGUCGCUUGCGAGGCAGUUCACUGAUGAAGGUCCUCACGGCAAGGACCCCAGCAAGGGGUCGAGGCACUGGCUAUGCAACUAUUGCGAGACUCGGUUCGUGGGCAACAAGUCGGUCUUGAAGAAGCACUUUAUGAAAAAGUGCAGCAUUGAUCUUGUCACUUGGGCAUUGACAGCGGAGGAGAGGGUGAUGAGAGUCGAGGGCAUCCGGCUGGGGAAGCACCAGGCCAGUCAGCUACUAGGUGCAACUGGUGGGAGUAGUGGUCCGACCACAGGACCGUCUUCCGGCAGUUUCGUGCCUCCGUCAUCACCAAGAGAGAGGCCAAGUGAUGGUGAGAUGCCCUCGCCUGCAGGAUCUGGGACAUGCUUCCCUCCUGCCCCUGGAAGUGGUGGACGGUCGGUGAGACAAACUUUGAUAGAGGAGGCGGACAGUAUCAUCACCCAGAACGAGCAGACGAGUCGAAAGAUGGAUCGGUUUCUGAUUUGCACGAAUCAGCCGUUCAGCCUGGUGGAGAACUACUACUUCCUCGAGUUCGUCGACGCUGUGAAGAAGUGCCAUCCUAGUUGGUGGCCUUGCAAGAGGGACGAGAUGAGGACGAAAAGGUUGGAUGGGCAGUUUAGGGUUUGCGCUAAAGCGGGGAAGAUGGUGGAGGCCAAGUACCCUGGUAUUUUUUGUGUGGGCUGCACAGCGCAUGCCUUGGAUCUGGCCCUGGAGGACAUGUACAAGUGCAUGGACUGGAUGAAAGCGGUCGUCGACAAGGGCAAUCAAGUUGGCAAGUUCUUCACCAACGUCGACAAGGUCCGUGCGAUGUACAACAGGAUUGCGAAUGCGCAACUCAAGCGUCCGGCAGUCACAAGAUUCGCCACUAACUUUGAGAUGCUUCAGUCGUUGAAGACGGGGAGGAAUCCAUUGGAGCUCUGUGUCUGUAACGCGGCGUGGGUGGAGAAGUUGGUGAGAGGGGAGCAAGUGGCGGCAUUCAACGCCGUCACCCACAUCAUCAUGGACACGAACGAAUUUUGGAAGGAUGUCGAUAAGGCCAUGGCGGUGAUGGAGCCAGUUGUCAAGCUCCUUCGUCUGGUGGACGGUCCCGGAGCAACUAUGAGCAAAGUUUACUUUGGCAUGGACGCUGUUGUGGCGAAAAUCCGCACCUUGGAGUGUCUGUCGGAGGCUGAGAAGGCGGAUGUGGAGAAGAUUCUGACGGACCGGUGGGCCUUUAUGACAUUGGAGCUGCAUUGCGCAGCCGCCUUCCUCGACCCCGAGUACAGGACGCACACCUUGCGAGACACGGAGAUUCGUGAGGGGUUCAACAUCUGGCUUUAUUCUUGGGCGCCGCCGGAGUUGCUGCAGAGUGAUAUCAUCAGACAGGUGGACACAUGGUUGCAGGGAUUGGCCACUUUGGGGACACAGAACGCAAGGGAUCAGGCGAGUACGAAGACUCCGGCGCUAUGGUGGGAGGCGUUCGGGGGGUCCCUAGACCUCCUCCAACCGCAGGCUAUCAAACUCCUUGGGCAGGCGAGCUCAUCGGCUGCGUGCGAGCGAAAUUGGAGUUUGCACCAGCUCAUUUACGGCCAACGCCGCACGAAGCUCAUGCCGGAGAGAUUGAGCAAGCUUGUGUACAACAAUUGGAAUAUCCAAUUGGCGACGCGGAGAGAGCGAGGGGACAGGGAAGACAUCCACAUUCCAUGGAAGGAUGACCAACUGGCGAGAGUGGAAGUGGAUGAGUGGUACGACGAAUGGGCCGCACAGGUCAGGGAAGGGACAGCCGGCGACGCUGCUGCAACGGAGGUCUGCGUAGACGAAUCCGAUGAUGCCCCGCUAGAGCGCACAUGGCUGCACAACAAAGACGAGGAUAACUUUGCAGAUGAUGAGGACGACAUUGUUGCACUCGGUGCGCUGGAGAGAGCAUGGCAUGCCAACACGAAGCCCGGGAAACAGCGAGUGCGGGAGUUGCGCAGGAAGUCCGGUGUUGAAGAGCCCGAUCCCGCGUUCGUGUACACCUUGGAGGGCCAUGCGUCGGAGAACAACGAGGAGGAGGAGGAAAUGUCGCAGCACGGCAGCGGAGAGCCGGACGGUAGUGGAGUGCCGGACGGGGAUGAGUUGGAGGAGGACCCGUCGCAGGCGGAGUCUCACGGGGAGGAACAGUCAGGGGAGGAGGACGAGCAGCCCUUAGCGAAAGAGUACCUUGAGUGUAGCAUGUGAGUGUGUGUGUGUGUGUGUUUGUGUGUGAAAUUGUGAGUGUGUGCUUUUGCUGCAGCUGGUGCUGUUGCAGGUA